UUUUUCACAGAAAUCAAAUUUUCAAAAUUUAUUUUUCGUCGAUGAGUCGCGGUGCAAAAUGGAAUGACGCUAUCGGCUCCCUUUUCAAACUGGUAAAAAAAAAAAACCUACUCUACAAAAAGUACAUUCCGAUCGGGUUGGUUUUAUGCUUAUUAUUCGCUCUGAAAUCGAAGUGACGAAAAAAACUUUUAAAAAUAUUGAGUUCGAGUUGUGAAGCGAGGUCCCUAGCCUCCCCACCCAGCGAGUGACAGAUUUGUCUCAUGACGCAACGCAAUCCUCCUGGGACAUAUCAUAUUUCACGACCAAGAAACAUGGCGAUCCCGGACGUGGAAAAGGUUCAGUUUCACGACAUGUCUGCGAGUGUCAACAGUUUACAAACACGUCUUGCUUUCGAGACAUAUUAUCUGAAGCCCUUAUGCGAAGUAAACUGAAAACCGUGGAUAAUAACUCGAGCAAGAACCGUUUUCACGACUGGAUAUUUGUAAGAUUGUUGCUAAUUUUCGAAAGGGGCAUAUUUUGGCUACUGUACGCUAUCUCUAUGAUGGAAAGUGACGAGGUUUUUGUCAACGAGGAACCGAAACCUCGAAGCCCAAACUCUCCAGGAAAAAACUACAGGGAGUUCAAAACUCUAACCAGUGAUCACAAAGACAGAACGCGAGCUAUAUCUGUGCCGCACAUGCCACCAACAGCAAAAAACCCAGUGAAAGACUUCAUUUCGCAUUUUGUCAACAGAAAAGGCGCAAAGAAACGCGCUAGCUUAAAGCGAUCUGUGACGACGGAGAAUGUGACGGACGAGAAGGCUGCUGUAAGAUACGUUGGCAGAGGACAUUCAUUUGUUUCUUGUCAUCUACGAAAUCCUACAUGGUGCGACUGCUGUGGGGAGUUUAUUUGGGGACUUUUUAAGCAAUGUGUACGGUGCAAAAACUGCAAGUACACAUGUCACCGGCGAUGUAGAGAUGACGUGGAUUUAGACUGUACUGGUGGUUGGCAGUUUGAAAGAAAUCUAUCAGUCGAUGAGAUGACUAUGAAAACACUACACCUUAUAGAUCAGGGUGAAAAGAGAAAAGAACCAUUUAUGCUUUACACAGAUUCUCCAACUGGAAGUCUCCUGCGCAAGAAGAUUGAUGAAUUCAACUCAUCAACGACUGGACUGAUAAUGACCAUGAGGAAUGAAGAUACUUACCAAGGCUUCAUCCGUGUCCAUAUGAACCUGGUGCGUCCUAUCAACAUCAUCGCAGGAGAGAGACCUCUGUCAAUAUUUGAGACAGUUGGUGUGCAGAGAGAAGAAGAUCAGAAGAGUCCACAGCGGACUUCAUUUUUUCUUCCCCUUGGGACAGUAAAAGCAUUACAUAUAACAAGUGAAACUACCGUCCAUGAGGUUAUUGUAGCUCUCCUCAAGAAAUUUAAGGUAGCUGAUAAUCCAAGAAAAUUCGCACUGUUUGAGUGUUACCAAGAGGAAGACAAGCACAUGAUUCUUCGUCGGAUGUCUGAUUUUGAGCAGCCUUUGGUUCUUAGGUUGCUUUGGGGUGGAGGCGACAUCAGACAUAAUUUCUCACUGCAGGAGAAUGAAACAGGAGACAUUGUUUGGGAGGUUUUCUCCAUUCCAGAGCUCCAAAAUUUCAUGAAGAUACUAGAUAGAGAAGAAGAGGAACAUAUAACACAGGUAGAAGAAAAGUACAGAGUUUACAAGGAAAGACUUGAGCAAGCUUUAGCACUAUUAGAAGGAAAAACAGCUGUUAAUUCAUCUCCAGUUGAAGAGAAGCCACCUCUGGACGAGUCUAGUGAAACAUCUGACCAGUAGAUGCUUUAUUUAUAUUAUUCAAGAUAACUAAAGCUGCAAUAAUAAUUAUUAUUGUCAGUGUAUGUUUUAAGAUCAACUUCUUCUGUGAUAGAAAUUAGUUUCAUAUCAACUGGAUAUUUUCCAGGUGCCCAUGUGGAUCAUGAAACCUUGUGUUAGUGAAAUGACACAAUAAUAUUUUAUUGUAGAAAUAGAAAGUGGUACAUACCCUGCAAAUAUGAAAACAAAUUUGGGAGAGUUAAAACAUUUAUACUAAGCCUCAGCCUGUUGUUGUGGCUUGUAUAUUAAGGUUUUUUAAUUCACCCAAAUCUUCUCUUUUCAGGGUGGGAAAUGGUCGUUCAAGAAACUCUAAUAAAUUUAAAGUUCUAAUUAAUUUUUAGUCAACUUUCACAGGUUUGCUCUGUUAGAGUCUUAAUUUCUAUUGCAAGGCUUAGGAAGUCCCUGCUCCCUUACAAGAUAUUAGUCUUUCAUAUAAUCAUUACAACUUAGGCUGUAGUCUAAGAAAAAAUACAAGGAGCUCAGAGGUUCCUAACCAUGAAAUCCUGGAUUCCCAUUGCUUAUUCUGCUUAUAUGAAAAAAAUAAGUUUUCCUAGUCACCCAAAGGCAAAAGUUACCCACCUGUGGCAUCUUGGCACUCUAGAGCACAGCCCUGUAUUAGUUUUGUAUAUUCUCAAAUUUACAAUGUACCAUUAGCUACCUGUUCUUCUGUUUGUAUUGGGCUUUCUGGUAGACAGUUUAAAAGCCUUUCUCCUAUCUUUAAAAUAAAGUCAGUUGACAAAAUGCAUUGAUAGCAACCAUCUUGAAAACCUUAUGCAAAAUGACUUCCAAACCUUUAGAUGAUUAUAAUUUUAUUAAAUGCCAUAAUUUUGUAUUAUGAAAUGUACACAAUACCAGAACAGCAAUAUAAUGAUAGGCAAAUACUAUAAUAAUUAUUUAUACUGGAUAGAUCUUAAUAAGUUGCUAAGAAAGUAUGGUAAAUUUAAAAUUAUAAUAAUUUUUAUAGCAUUACAAAUUACUUUGUGGACACUUUCGCUCUUAUAGGAGGUUGACAGCAAGGAUUGAUAACAAAGUUUAUUUGGCAAUGUUACAUCCUGCUCCAUUUGAAGUCUGAGUAAAAUUGUUGAAACUGAUCGUACAUGUACAUCUCAUUUUAAUUCUUGAUCUUUCAUACUACUGUCUGCAGAAAUUUUAAUUUGCUUUUUGGUCAUGUGGCUUGUGAAAUUUUGACAAAAAACAUAACCAGUAAGGGAAAAUAUUUCUUGUAUUUAUAGAUAUUGACAGUACCUGAUCAAUAUAGUUGACCAUAAAGUUGGAAAAAAUAUUUUUCCAGGUGUAAUUUAAAGGCCUUGUCAUAUAACUGGAUGUCAAUAAGAAGGCAAAAUAUGUAGAGAGAUGAAAAUCUCCAACAUUAUUAAAGGUUAUAUCUUUGUUUUCAACAUA